UUCUCUCAUAAUAGAACAUCUAAUUGAGGGAAUAUGGUGAGGGAACAGAGAGUUGAAUCUUUCUAUAAAUGUUUACGGGAGGCAGCUUCUGCUUCGUCUUCUUCCCCUCUGUUGAUAUUUCCAUCAACCUCUGAUGUUGAUUCCCUCUGUGCCCUAAAGAUCGUCUUCAACAUCCUCGAAUCUGAUUCUAUCAAAUACGCUUGUUACCCUGUUUCCUCAUUUAAGGAAAUCCACACAUAUGCAGGCUCUAGCCUAUGCUCCUCCAGUCAACCAGUGUCUCUCCUACUCAUAAACUGGGGAUGUCACAGGGACCUACGACGUGUUCUGGAUUUAGGGCCAGGUGCUCGUGUUUUUGUGGUUGACAGCCACCGGCCUAUUCAUCUCCACAACCUCAGUGAUCAGAAUGAUAGGGUUAUUGUUCUUUAUACCCAGGAUGAUGAGCAUCAGGCUGAUUUGACAUACGACUUUGAUAUCUCCACUGUUGCAAAUGCAUCGGACUUGAACAUUGAUGAUGAGCUUGAUGAAAUUUCUGAUAGUGAAGAUGGCAAUGAGAGUGAGAGUGAAAGUGAGGAGGAAGAUGGUUCAGGAUCACGAAAGCGGAGAAGGGUUUCUGAAGAAACAGAAUUAGAUCGGUUAAAACUCUACAGGAAGCUGAAAAAGGAGUAUUACAGCUUGGGUACUUUCCAUGGAAAGCCUUCAGGCCUUCUUAUGUUUGAUCUUUCACAUUCUCUUAGAAAGAAUACAAAUGAAUUGCUUUGGUUAGCCUAUGUUUCUUUGACUGAUCAGUUUGUCCAUGAGAGACUCACAAAUGAGAGAUAUCAAGCUGGUGUGAUGGAGCUGGAACAGCACAUCAACAGCUCCGGGAUUUUGGACGCAAUAACUUCAGUAACCCUUAAAGAUGGGACAAAGAUACAGGCGCCUGAUGCCUCUAGAAUUGCAUACGAAGAUGAACCGCGGCUCAUGCUAUUGAGGGAAUGGAAUUUAUUUGAUUCAAUGUUGUGUUCUUCCUACAUCGCGACCAAGCUGAAGACGUGGAGUGACAAUGGUUUGAAGAAGCUUAAGCUUCUCCUAGCCCGAAUGGGAUUUGCACUUGUUGACUGCCAGCAGAAGUUCCAGUACAUGAACCUUGAAUUGAAACGGAAAAUGAAAGAUGAGUUUGAAAGGUUUCUCCCUGAGUAUGGGCUUACAGAGUUCUACUACCGAAGCUUUUUACGACUUCAUGGGUAUAGCUCAAAGGUAUCUGCUGCUGAUGUGGUACAUGGGGUUACCGCACUGCUUGAGUCUUUUGUAGAGUCUGAUGGUUCCUGUGCAUCUGAACAGUUCGGGUUAGCCUAUGAUGCAUUGUCCUUGAAUAAUCUUGACAAACUGAGGAAGGGGAUGCAGAAUGCAAUAAAGAUACAAAGGGCCAUUGUAAGGCAAGGAAGUAUAGCUAUAACUAAGAGUGUAUCUAUCGGAAGUGGAAGGAAAUUCAGGUGGAUGAAGCUUGAAGAUCCUGCAGACACAAAAUUGCUUGGGUAUCCUCAAGCAUUGACCAAAUUCUGCUACUUUCUGAUGGAUGCUUUGCGGGAGAAGGGUGCGAAGAUGAAGCCUUUGAUCUGUGCUUGCUUAUCUCAAGAAUCCAACAAAGUUUUAAUUGUUGGGGUGUGUGGGAAGCCACGUCUCGGUGCAGUCCAAGGGAAUGCAUUUGGGGUUGCUUUUAGAGCUGCAGCUGAGCAGGUUGGGGCCAAGUUCUUCCAUGAGUUGUUUGAAUCUUCUUGGAUAGUUUGGAUGCAAUUUCUGUUAAUUCUUUCAUGA